GAACUUCCGCUAUGUCACAUCCCAGCAGCUGCAGCGCUGCACACAGUUGACACCGCAAACACCGAAACUUCAACCGCUAGUUUCCAACUUGAAACAAGGGAAGUUGCGCUAAAAGAGGGAAGCGAAUAGUUCGGCUUGUCACCUGCCUAGUUCACCUCAAAGCGGAAUAUUGGGUUGAGAGCUAGCCGCUUGUUAGCUAGCAUGCUGCUGUCUCCACACAUCAGACGACUCCUCUAAUUUAAUCUCGUCAUGACCGAGUUACGAUGUCGAAAAACAGACUCUUCGGAGGGAGAAGAAGAAGAGGACGAGGGCCAAAAUGAGCUCGAGUUGGAGACUACACAGGCUAGAGAGACGCUGAACGCAGUGGAUGAUGGGAGCGCGUCCGUCGGUGGAGAUGACGAGCAGCAGAAAGAUGAGGGUGAAGUGAAAGAAGAGGAUGCUCAGCAGAAACAGGACGAAUCAAACAGACCCGAGGCCUCUGUCAAAAGAUCCAAGUGCUCUUCUGCAUCGGGUUUACUGCAGCGCCUUGCGAGGCUGUUCUUUGGAUGCCUGGCAGCAGUUGCCUGUGGUGUGCUUUAUGCCACGUAUAUGUCUUUGUAUCAUGACAGGAAGUUCUGGUUUUCCAUCAGACAGGAGGUUGAGCGAGAAAUCACCUUCCAGGGAGGCAGCGGGCUCUACUAUUACUACUACAAGCACAUGCUGACGGCACCGUCCUUUGAGAGAGGGUUUUAUGAGCUGAUGCUAGAUAACCGGACCGUUUCGGGUCAGACCAUCAACGCAGUGGAGCGUUUGUCACUGUAUCCAGAGCUCAUCACAAGCUUCAUAUACAGAGUCACAGGCAGCCAGGAUUUUGUGGAGCCGAUCUACUUCUACGUCGGAGCGGUUUUCGGACUGCAGGCCAUCUAUGUCACCGCCCUGUUUGUGUGUAGCUGGGUGAUGAGCGGCACCUGGGUGGCCGGCAUGUUGACCGUGUCCUGGUAUGUGAUCAACAGACCGGAUACAACCAAAGUGGACUACGCUAUUCCUCUGCGGGACAACUGGGCUCUGCCUUACUUCUCUUGCCAGGUUGCAGCUUUGACUGGAUUCCUGAGUAAUAACAUCAGCUCUGCCACCGAGAUGUGCUGCUACCUCACCCUGAGUGCGACCACCUUCAUCUUCCUCCUGGUCUGGGAGCACAGCCACUAUGUGCUCUUCAUCCAAGGCCUCUGUCUUCUCUUACUGGACUCUUUUGACCUGGUGCCACCGCGUAAGAAUGCCGACAUUCACAAAGCUUACCUCGGCGCUCUGUUCCUGGCCUACUUGUUCCAGUUUCAGAACCCGGCCCUGCUCGGCUCGCCUCUGCUCAGCCUCCUGAUUGGCUCAGUGCUCGCGAGGUACUUCCAGCAAAAGAUGAAGAUGGGACCUCUUGUGGCCAGAGUCAUGAAGCUCUUCCUCCACUUCUACCUCGUCUUCACCACUGGGAUCACCUUCAGUUAUCUGGUCAAGAAACUUAUACCUGUAAGUGAGAGUGAUUUCAUUCUGAAAUUCCUUGAAGUAAAAUUUGGGCCCAACAUGACAACUGACUUUAUCACCAACUUCCUCCUGUGCCAAGAGAGUUUCCAGACACCCGGUCAGGACUUAUUUCUACGACUGACGCAGGCCUCAGUGCUUCCCUUCUACUUGCUGGUGCUCACUGUGUGUCUGCUGUCCACCCUGCAGACCAUUUACAGAAGACUCAGUGGCCAGCCAAUGAAAACCAACCUCAGACUUGAAGACGGGCGAAUAGGGGAGCAGCCUGAGGUCAUCUAUCAUGUUUUUCACACGUUGCUAUUCGGAGGCCUGGCCCUGCUGUUUGACGGGAUGAAGUAUUUAUGGACCCCGUACGUCUGCAUGUUUACAGCGUUCGGCGUGUGUUCUCCAGACCUCUGGAUGACUGUGUUUAAGUGGCUCAAACUGAAGUCCAUCCACCCGGUAGUACUGUCUAUGAUCCUGAGCACAGCGGUUCCUACCAUCAUUGGUUUCAGUUUAUGGAGGGAGUACUGCCCUCGCGUCUUAGCAGAGUUGUCGGACGUGCAGGAGUUUUACGAUCCCGAUACAGUCGAGCUGAUCAGCUGGAUCAAGUCACAGGCUCCGGUGGCGGCAGUCUUUGCAGGAAGCCCGCAGCUGUUGGGAACGGUGAAGUUGUGUUCAGGUUCAGCUGUGACCAGUUUACCGCUUUACUCAAACAUCGACCUGCUGAGGAGGACUGAAGACACUUACCAGGUGUAUUCAAUGAGGUCUGCAGAGGACAUUUACAAGAUUCUGACCUCUCAGAAGGCAAACUACGUGAUCAUCGAGGAGUCUAUUUGUAACGAGCUUAGUCUCAAUAAAGGCUGUCGGAUCAAAGACCUGCUGGACAUCGCCAAUGGACACGUGGUUUAUGACAAAGGAGAGAUUUACUCUUUCUCCAAGCACCGGAGAUUCUGCCACGAGAUAAAGAUGAACUACUCGCCCUACACAAACUACUUCACGCGGGUCUUCUGGAACCGAUCGUACCACGUGUACAAAGUGAACUCCGUCAUCUCCUUCCAGUACUGACAGCAGCUCCCUCCUCCGCCCGCUGAGACUCCGCUGAGCCCGGCUCCGCCCUCCACAUCAUAUCCACCAUGUAACAUGGAGGAGGAGGGAGGAGGGAAAAUGUCUAAUCACUGGUGCCUCCCACAUCCUGGUGUAGAUGGUGAAGCUGUAAAUUGAAACACAGCGGAGCACAUUGGUUUUGGCCUACACAUAGUUUGAGUAAAAUCAACAUGAAAGGGCCCUGUUGAAAUAUGCCAUAAGUAAUGAUCACUGUACUGUAGUUAAUUCAGCCAUGCGUUAAUGUUACUGUCAUGUAUUUAAUGAGGUGAGAGCUGAUAUGUGAGGCCUGUGUGUUCACUCUGUACGGAGGCAGAGAGAGAUUGUUUUUUAAGCUCUGUAAAAGUGGGUAAGUAAAGUAAAGAUCUCCCACCUCAGUUCAUAACUAUAAUUCCUGGGGUUAACUGUCAGCCAGUGAACAUAUUUGAAGCUCUGCAGCUCACCUGCGACAGAUGUCAGGUGUGAAGUGUACAGUUUCUUCACACACCAUGGAUAUUUAUGGAGAGAUUGUUUGGUUUGAGUGUGUCAUGCGUCUCCCGUUUUAAUCCUGAUUGAUUGAACAACCCAGGACAAUAGAAACAACAUCUGAGCUUUCAUUCAAAGGGAAGUCGACGCUGCUUCUGAUGCUGCUUAUUUCUGUUGCUACGUCUCCAUCAUUCUCUUCAUCUGGAUGCCUUAUUUUGAGAUGUGGGAAGUGCCUGACUGACGCCCCUCUCUAUCGACCCUUUAGUCGCGUCUGAGACUGACCGUUUCCUCCUUCCCCGGGUCUUACCUGAAGUAUUUCCCUCUGGUGCUACCAUGCAAGUCUCGCCAUGUAGUGACUAUUAGGUUUUGAAUUAUGGAAAAUAAGUGUGUAUGAGUUGUUAAUUACAAAGCUGAUUUCCUGAUGUUGCCAUUUGGUGCCAAGAAUUUGUUUUAUCCAGCUUAUUAUGCUUUAAAUACAAUUUUUAUGUCCGAUAUUUUUCUUUAAAAUCCAACAAGGAGGGACUAUGGGCAGAAAAAAGAUUUUAUAUAUUAGAGCUAUUUUCUUUUAAGUUUUCUAUUAGGACGUUUUUGCAUUUUCCUCUGCCAUAUGAAAUCUUAAGUCACUCUACACUUGCAUGCAAAUAUGUUGUAAUUAUAUUUGGCUUAUUAGAUGUGUCUCAGGAUUGUUAGGGUGGGAAAUACCACAACUUUAAUAUUCUUAAAAAAGUGGCCAUUAUUAUUACUAUUUAUAUGUCCCAAGAAAAUAGUUAUCUCAUGUAAUUCCUACCAGCUCCACCCAACCUCUGAGCAGAGCUGUAACCAGCCAGUCUCGGUAAGUGUCGGUUCAUUUAUUUUUUAUUCACUAUAAAGUGCUUUAAUAUGGUAUUUGUUAAAGAUUGUAUUUAUUAAUUAUUAAAUCAAAUAUUUUAAGGGACUUUGGGGGCUCCAAUGCCUUCUGUAAUCACCAAUUAACGUUAAAUUAAAUGUCACUUUUUUACUUAGUAGUAGUUGGUGUACACUUUCACUCGCAGCAGAGUAUUCAGAGUGUGGUUUAGUGUUUAUCUGAAUACUUCUCCUCCACUAGAGGUCAUCAGAACAGACUAACAACUGUCCGCCAUGACGUUUCGUUGCCGCAGUAACCAUUUGUUUCGUUGCAAUUUACAUUUGAGACGUAAACGACGUCGAUGCUGAUUGAUACGUUUGGCUGUUUUACAUCCACCAGUAACGAGGUAUGUGCCAUUGGUUUCUUGAAAACGUGAGAAAUGUUUCGGUGUUCGAUCUUCAACUAUUGGUUAAAAGAAAAGUUUCGGUAAACUCAUGUAACGUUAGCCUAACAGUAAAAAUAUCUUUGCUCCAUAACUAGCCAACAUUACAAGCUUACAACGUUUAUUUAGCUUAGCUUAGCAUCAUUGCCAUUUUACAACAAUGAAAGGUAGCCGCCUUCACCCACAGAAAAAACAUAGUAUACAUAUUUAAUGCUGAAUAAAAGGCUAUAUAAUUAUAUAUAAUCUACAG